UUGAAAUAAAAAAUCAUUUCGACGUGGCAUUUUGUCUAUAUUCUAAAACGUGGCAUUAAUCAAAGUUUUUAACAAAAAAAAGACUGAAGAAUAAACGAUGAUUUACGCAUGUAAUCAUCUUUUUGCCUUUAUUGCAUUAAUCGCAUUAACAGUAAAGGCUCAACAAUAUUUUUCUAAUUCAGACGAUUAUGCAGAAACAGAAAGUGAACUGGUUUCUGUUGAACAUUCAAUUCAUGGAAGAAGUUUACCUAAAAUUGUUAUUAACAUAACAAGCAGAGGCAUUGAAAGGGAAUUUAUUUUACAGUCAUCAGAUGGUUUUUUUGCUGGUAGGGAUACAAAAAUUUGGGUUGCAAGAAAUAGAGGAGGCAAAUUAAAGUAUACACUGCAAAGGAAUAUUAUGGAGAAAGUGAAUAUUACAUUUUAUCACGAUGUUAAAACAAUGUCCGCAAUAACACACACUGUAAAUAAAGAUGGUAAUUCAGAAUUCAAUGGUGUUAUUGAUUCUAACAAAAUAAUACGAUCGUUAAAUAAUCACGAUCGCAAACGUCGAGAUGUUUCAUCAAAAUUACAGUACGAAUCAGCAAACAAUGAUAGCAAGAACUAUCACCUACUUUAUAAACGAGAUGCAUCUUCACCGAACCAUAAUAACUACUACCAAACUACUUAUGAUAGGAAUAACGAUUAUCAGCAGAAAAAGGAUUAUUCUAUAAAUAUUCCAAAAAUUGUCUAUCCGGAAAUUUUAGUCUUUGUAGAUAAAACAGUGUUUGAAUAUCAUAAAAAAGAUAUUGAAAAAACAACCGCUUAUGUUUUAACUAUUUUCAAUGGAGCAGAUCUUUAUUAUAGAGACAUGGACGAACCCUCAAUUCGUUUAAGCAUUGCUGGAAUUGUUUUGUGUGAGGAUCCAAUAAAUACAGGAACGUUGAACGGAAGUAGUUUCAAUGAAUUUGUCGCGACGGAUUUUGGAAAAUUUCUAUAUAGAGAAAAACAAUUUCGAAUAACAAUUGAUUACGAUGCUGUUGUUUAUAUAUUUAAUCCAAGUGAUAAACGCGGAUCGAAAGGCGUUGCAGACAUGGCAUCGGUUUGUCAAGUUUUAGUAGAAUUAGAGAUGGUAUUAUCACUGGCUGUUAUUACAGAUACAGGAAACCUUGAUGGAAUUCGUAUUGCUGCACAUGAAUUAGGUCAUUUAUUUGGUGCUGAUCAUGAUAUCAUACCGAAAAAAGUGUGUUGUUUUAAGAAAGGCUUUGUUAUGAGUUAUAACAUAUACGACCAGAAUCAAUUUUUCUUUUCUCCAUGUUCCAAAGAAUAUAUUAAAUGGUAUUUGAGUCAAGAAGAAGCGAAGUGCAUUCUAAAUAAUCCAGCUGAUAGAAGAAGUGAUAAUCAAAUAUUGAGAGUUUUGCCUGGACAAUUUAUGACAUUGGAUGAACAAUGCCAAAAAUCAGGAUAUACAAGAGCAUCUUCGGUGAAUGAAGACAUUUGCUUAAGAAUAAACUGCAUGAAAGGAAUUCAUUCUAUAACUGUAGAUGGUGCUGCACUUGAAGGGACUCCUUGUGACCUCGGAAAAUUCUGCCUAAGGGGAGAGUGUGUGAAUGUUCCAUUUAACAAUAGUGACAAGAAUGAAGAUAUAAAUAUUUUAUUUCCAUUUAAAUAUCAACCGAGUGGAAUGAAAAAAACUGCUGAACAACAAUGUGUUAAAUAUGAUUAUGAAGUUCCUGUCAAAUCUUUCUUUGAUGUUUGUGAACUAAAGUGCGUGAUAAAAACAGAUACCGCCUUUUACGUGAAACAGUAUAAUGCAGAUGAUGGAACCCCUUGCAAAAACGACGGAAUCUGUCAAAAAGGACAAUGUAUAGACGAUGAUUAUCGAUUUGCUAAUGAUUAUUGUAAAAAAGCUGGAACAACUGGUUUUAGUAAUUAUUCUACUAAGGACUGUACCUUUAACUGCAAAAUAGUUACUUACAACAUUUCUGACGAAUUUAUUAAUUUGUCUCACGUCGAAAUAAUAAGAAUCGAGGAACUAUUAGCUCCUGAUGGACAUUCUUGCAACAAUAGUGGAUACUGUCAAGAUGGUAAAUGCAUUAAUAAGAAAUUUUCUCCUGAUAUUAUUAUGGAUCCUUCCGUCGAUGAACGGUAUGGUGAAUUUGUAUCAUCCAUUGAACGUUGUAAACAGAGAGGAAUGAGAUGGGUGCUAGAUUAUAAAGACAGAUGCGUUACUCGAUGUGUUGAUAAUAAAAUCAAAGGAGGUCAUUAUAUUAAUGCUGAUACGGGACUCCCUUGCACUAACAAUGGAUUUUGUAAAUAUGGAAAAUGUGUUAAUCAAAAAUUAAAGAAUACAACUACUGCUUUGAAUAAUUCACAUUCUAAAUUUAAAUCUACCAUUGAACGUUGUCAAGAACUUGGAUUUUCUUGGGUUCAUGAUUAUAACAACGGAUGCACUACUUAUUGCCAAUUAACCGACAAUGAUGAUAUCGAAUAUGAUCAGGAGUAUUUGGAUGCAGAAAAUGGCUCACCUUGUAAUAAUAAAGGAUAUUGUCACGAUAAAAUAUGUGUUAAUAUGACAGUUAUUACAAGUAGCACAAGUAGUGCCACUAGUACAAGUAGUGAAAGCACUACAAGCAGUAGUAUUGAUACAACUUCAUUUGUCGAUAAAAUACCCGUCAGGAGUAAAAUUAUCCGUAAACAAUGUGAAGAUAUUGGAUUGACUACAUUAAAAUUUUUAAACGAUGGAUGCAUGGCAUUAUGUGAUGAUAAAUAUGGCAAUACACAUCAGUAUUUUAAUACUCCAGAGAGAUACCCUUGCGUUAUUAAUAACAAAACUGAUGGAUAUUGUCAAUCAGGAUAUUGUGAAGUUCAGUCAUUUACUACAAGUACUGUUAGCAUUACUGAUUCAACAACAUCUUUUAAUAAAUUACCUAGCAAUUUAGAAUCUCCUGUGGAGCAAUGCAUUAAUGCUGGAUACAUUGCCUUUCAUACUUUCGAUAGAUUUGACUGUACUGUUAUCUGCACCAAUGUAACUGAUCUUGAUUAUGACUAUGAUUAUGAAAAUGAAUAUGAGAAUGAUGAAACAAAUACUUUUCAAGAUUUGUCUCGACCAGAUGGAAUUGCUUGCAAAUACAAUGGAAAUUGCUCAAAUGGACAAUGUGUUAAUAUGUCGCUUAUUGAUCCUAACGACAAAUCAACAAAAUGGGAUUUCGAUGCAUUAAAAGUUUUUCAAAAUAAAACACGAAGGGUAAUAAAACAUGAAGGAGGUGGAAAUUAUUCAAAAUUAUUUAAUAAUGAAGAAAAUAAAAAAGAGAAUAAUGAUUCUAUUGAUUUGUCCGAUAUUGACGACGAUGUCAAAGAAUUUGCAAAGGACAUUAAAAUAUUUCUGUAGAAUAUUUUCAUUCUUUCAUAAAUGAUUUUCAUGUGAAAA